CAUCUGGUGCUACAACAAUGAGUGGGAAAUCCCUGCUCUUAAAGGUCAUUCUCUUGGGUGAUGGUGGAGUUGGGAAAAGCUCGCUCAUGAACCGUUAUGUAACCAAUAAAUUUGACUCCCAGGCUUUUCACACCAUAGGGGUAGAGUUCUUAAAUAGAGAUCUGGAGGUAGAUGGACGUUUUGUAACUCUCCAAAUCUGGGACACUGCAGGGCAGGAACGCUUCAAGAGCCUUAGGACACCCUUCUACAGGGGAGCAGACUGCUGCCUCUUGACUUUCAGCGUGGAUGACCGGCAGAGCUUUGAGAACCUUGGUAAUUGGCAGAAAGAAUUCAUCUACUAUGCAGAUGUGAAAGACCCUGAGCACUUCCCCUUUGUAGUUCUGGGUAACAAAGUAGACAAAGAGGAUAGGCAAGUGACUACUGAGGAGGCACAGGCCUGGUGCAUGGAGAAUGGAGAUUACCCUUAUCUAGAAACAAGUGCCAAAGAUGAUACUAAUGUGACAGUAGCCUUUGAAGAAGCUGUCAGGCAGGUGUUAGCUGUAGAGGAACAGCUGGAGCAUUGCAUGUUAGGUCACACUAUUGACUUGAACAGUGGUUCCAAAGCAGGAUCUUCAUGCUGUUAAAAGUGGGAAGCCUUUUAAAAGUGUGCCCCAACUGGUCAGUCAGUAGUGUAAGAAUAACUGUGCCCUUCUAAGACUGCACACACAUAC